AUGUCAGCUUCAAAUGAUUUUGAGUCCAUUAAUCUAGGGUUAAGUUCACAUCUAGCUACCAGAGUAGCUACGUUGCAUUCAGUUCCCGAUUCUACUUCUGGAGAUGAAGAUGACGACGAUGACGAUUUGGACCCAGAAGAAUUCAUUUCCCCAGAAAGAACCGAUACAAAUGUUAUUGAUGGGAUCACUAAUUUAACAAGCACUAUAAACUUAAAGGAUCAAUUGCAGGACCUGGUUCCCAAAUUCACAAUGUCAAACUCGUACGAUACGAUACGCACGGGUGACUUUCUAUCUCAAGAUAGUCUAAUUGGAAACUCAGUCGUCUUUCCUAAAGAGUACAUCCCCAAAAAAUUAGCUUCUAAUGACGAUGAAACUCCAUUAGAGUUUAUUUCCAGUAGGGUCAAACUAUUAACUCAGGAAUUAAGGGAUAACGCACGAAAGCACGAAUCCUUCUUAAAUUCAGGCAAUCCUAAUUUAUAUCGUAUUCGAAGCAUGAUUGCACAAAAUUAUGAUCAGUUAUCAGACGGCUAUUACUCUUUGAAUGAGCUAUAUUCCAAAGAUUUGUCAUAUACUGAGACUUUGCAAUCUACAUUCAAGAAGUGGGAUUCAAGACGAACGAAAGUUUUAGGUAAGAUUAGUGAAAUAAAGAGUGAAAAGAGUAAAUAUGGCUCAAAGUUGGUUAAUUUAUUGCAUAGAUCGGAAGAAAUAGACACAGAAGUUUAUGCUUUAGAAGAGAAGUUGAAGGAACUAAAGUCAAAGAAAGAAGUUAUAAACAAGGAAAUCCAAGAUACAAGUAGUGUGUUGGAAAGUAAAACAGCAAAAUAUGUUGAUAUGUUUAAAUCAAUGGAGGAUGAAGGGAGAAAUGCAAUUGUUGGAUUCUUACAAUCUCAUGGUAUACCCGACAGUGAAAUCCACUUGCUUGUCAAAUCUGCACCCGUUGACGUGACAUUUCAAUCUAACUACCAAGACCAGAGAAUAAGAGUCAGUGAAGUAAUACCGAAAAAAAAUCCAGGGAAUUCUAUGAGCAAAGGAGUGCAGCUGAUUACACAUAAUCCAAAGUCAUCAAGUAGUUUAGGAAUCCAAGCAUAUGUUCCUCCAGAAUCUCCAGCCAACCUAGUGGUUAUUCCUCAAGAUACCAGGGAAAUGAAUUAUGGUCAUGGUCCCACACCAUAUGAAAAGGGAUACGCUAAAGGAGCACAAAAUUCCGUGGCUGUGAAAAAGCAAAUCAAAAAGGCCAUGAAUGCAUUAUUUGAAUCAUUACCAGAAAAGAAAGCCGCCAAACCUCAAACAAAAACUCCUAGCGUUGAUGAUUUGUCAAAUACAAUAACCAAUAAACUCAUACUAGAUCCUAUACUGAAGUUCUUGGACCAUAAAGUUGAAGCAUUAAGUGAUUUGAUAUUACAACUGUCCAAGAAAGCUGCUCUUUUCCACGAGUUUGGAACCAUAUGGAAGAACGCAACUAAAGUGUUGAAUCUACUGGAAGGAAAAUUACUGAACACAUUGAAUGAAUCUACCCCUGACGCCAAUGUUAACCCCGUAGUGGAGAUAUUAACAUCAACUUUAGCCCAGAUGAAACAAUGCUUGGAAAGUACACGGUCGGUGAGUGUGGAUAAUAAAGAUAAUUUGGCGCAACGGGAUAUUUUAGAGAAUAUAGUGUUGAUAGAGAUUCAUGGGAUAAUAGAAGGGAUCAAACUAGUCAGUCGAGGCACCGAGUACAAUGAUUUAUUAACUGAGUAUGAAAAUCUUGAAACUCGUGGUGCAUCGUCAUCACUAGUUAAAGAGAAGGAUAAGCUUAAUUGA